AUGAGUUCAGGUGACAUUACGGCACCACCAGUCACAGAUAGACCACUUUUACCACAGGGAUUGUCGACAUCGCUUUCUGUGAGACUGAAGAAUACUGCAAAUGCGCUUUUUCCGACGUCAUCCACUGCCAGAGGGUCAAAAAGAUCAACAACCAGAAUAAACUACGCAGAGGACUUUGAUUACGACUUUGAGGAUGAUGAGGAUGAUGAAGAUUACGAUGGAGACCGCGGGAACAUGUAUGGUAAAUAUUACAAUUCGCAGGAGGUGAAUCUUUCGAAAUAUCAGGGCAAGCAGGCACCUACGGAGGAUCCAAAGGCGGUUUUUACAGAAUUUCAGAUGCUGUCCAAUAUGGCAAUGCCAGAGGAGAAUGUUGCCCUCAGGAUCAAGAUGGAUGUUAAUGGAGCACCAAUGAGGGAUCUCCUGAUAUGGAAUUUGAACGAAACACUAGUCACACCAGAGAUGUUUGCCUCGACGAUGUGUGUGGAGUUAGACAUGCCGAAAAGUGCGGAAAAUCAGCUUGUGAGUCAGAUCGAGGAGCAAUUGAAGUCGUGCAGGGAAAUUCUUGGCACGCCAAUCCCAAUACUCCAGCAGCAGAAGGAGUUUCACGUGAUUCUUGAUCUCUCAAUCAACUUAGGAGAGCAGUUUUACUCGGAUCGGAUUGAGUGGGACAUGCUAAACAAAACCGUUACACCAGAAAUGUUCGCCGAAAGCGUGGUGAAGGACAUAUGUUUGCCUCGGGAAUUUAUCAAUGCGAUUGCCUUUUCGAUAUACGAUGAGCUCUUGAAAGUGAGGAAGGAUUUGAUUGAAAAUCCACAGCAAAUUCCUCAGUACACGGAAUCUCUUCCAUUGUAUAAUUACACAUACCAGCCACCAACUGUUGAAGGCUUUGCCAUGGCCGAACUUCAAGGUUUGCGUCAUGAUAGAAGAAAAUACGGAGAAGAGUUCUGUCCUAAAUUGGAGAACUUAACCGAAUGGGAAAUUGAGAGGAGAGAGACCGAGAAAGAUAGAAAUAUGAGAAGAAGAAAGAGAGAGACGCUGAGAAAAGUGGUAAGCGGAACAGCGCUUAAUAGAGAUCAUGGCCCUAAGCGGAGAUACGAUGAGUUGGAGGAAAAGGACCCGGUAAACUCGAGCUACCAGGCCGCCCUGCCCGGUGCCGUGCCCGGCGAUUCCACGCUUCCCCGCCGGGCCUGCCGGGCCUCCCCAGAGUGGCACGUUUGCUUGAUUCAUUUGGCAGUCCAGGGCUCAAGUGGGACGCUGAGCUUCCUAUCUGAGUUCGAGUUUGGGGGCAAUGGGGAUGAUUUCAAGACAUUGAGUCUUCGGCUGAGGACAAAGAACAAAAUCGAUGACAAAAGAGCGUCAUUGAGAGAAAAACUGGCAUUUUACUUUCCAUACGAGCCUGAAAAGCCGGUCCCUAGGACUGUGUGGCAGACCUGGAAGUGCGGGGCGAAAGACAAGAGGUUCCCGAAGAAGUUCCGGGAACCGCACCGGUCGUGGAAGGAGGGAAAUCCGAAAAGUGACGUUAUUAUAGUGGCAGACGACCAGGUGAAGCAGUUUAUUGAUAAGAGCUUCGGAAAGAUCCCGGAGGUUGCCACAGCGUUCGACAUACUGCCCUCAAACAUUCUCAAGGCGGACUUCUUCCGGUAUCUCGUGAUUUUUGCCCGUGGAGGCACGUACACAGAUCUUGACACGUACUGCUUGCAGUCUAUAGACAAGUGGGCACCGUUUGAUGCCAAAUACAGGACUGGUGCCUCGGGGGAAGUGUCGAGAGUGAAAAAGAGGGGUGUUAGGGUCUCAAAGCGCCAGGAGGAGCGAGGUGUGGUCUCAAAGCACCAGGAGAAGCAAGACGUGGCCACUGGGCCACUAGAUACACCGGUUGGUAUGACUAUCGGCAUAGAGGCGGACCCCGACAGACCGGACUGGGCCGACUGGUACGCGAGACGGAUCCAGUUCUGCCAGUGGACGUUUCAGGCGAAAAAAGGGCAUCCGCUUCUCCGAGAAGUGAUCAUCCGCGUGGUCGAGGAGACGUUCCGGAAAAAAAGGAUGAACCGGUUGAAAUAUGUCGAGGGCAGAGACAAUGGUGAUAAUGUGAUGCAGUGGACGGGCCCGGGCAUUUUUACGGACACGGUGUUCGAUUAUCUCAAUAAUGUGGUUAGCAGAGGCAAAGCUGGAGACGGAUUUGGGGUUGGAUCUCAGUACUGGGUGAAGCAUAAGAAAUACGACAUAAAAAAGCGGGAGACGGAUGUUGAUACGGAGCUUCCUGACUCCAGCAACCGCCAGGUGAACCGCGAGAAGUUUGAGAAUAUGCAGGAGCCUGUACUUGUGGAUGAUGUGAUGGUUCUCCCAAUUACCAGCUUUAGCCCCGGGGUCAACCAGAUGGGUGCCAAGGACACAAGUGACCCUAUGGCUUAUGUGCAGCAUCUUUUUGGCGGUACCUGGAAGCCUCAGAGUGAGAGAAUGCAGUGA